AUGACUUCAAACAACAGUCUUGCACUCUGGAUUGCAGCUAUGCUCAGAGUUUGCCUGGAUGAAGAUUUGGCUAUGAGAAAGGUCCCUGCUAGCUGUCCAGUGCCCUGUGAUGUCAGAAAUAUUAGGGAUAUUGUUGCUGGGGAGUUAAUUGAUGACUAUCCAGAUUUUUUGAAUGGACCCGAAAGAGAAAUUAACCAACACAUUCGCAUAGUCUAUUCUUUAUCCACUUUGAAAAAUUCCUGGGGAAGCAUAAAAGGGGCCAGGAAAUUACUAUUUCCAUUUCCUCACUCAAAAGUAAACAAAAAAGUCAAGGAAAAGAAUGAUGACCCUUCCUGUCAGGCAUCAGCAGGACCCAGUAUAGAAUCUGGAAGUCUAAAUGAUUCAUUUCUCAGGUACAACCAAGAAAGAUGUUCAACAAUGCCUAGUGCCUCAACUCUGCAUCAUGACUCUAAGCUGAAAAAAUUGCCUGAUGGUGACCCAAGUGCCUUUCGACCUUUGCCCAUCCCCUCAGAGAAGAGUUGUUCAUCUACAGCAUCCAUUGGCAUAUUAGGUGGUAACCUCUCAUCAGUGACUAAUCAAAGAGAAAGUCACCUGUCCUAUACAGUAAAGUCAAAAGAACUCUUGACAGCGUCAGAUGAGAAAAACCCUCAGAGUGAAAUCCAAUUGAAAUAUAGUGGGACUGGAAAUGACUUUUACUCAGGAAAUGUCUCCAGUAAUCUCAUUUUACCUGGCAACCCAAAUUUGGAGAAGAAGGUGUCUGAGCUCCACCUGUAUAUUAUUUCUACUACCUCACCAAUGUUUCUACACUUAAAAAGUUCAUGGAACAAUUAUAUCAUACAAGCCACCCUUUUACAAGAUCCACAAUAUGCUAGCAAGUUCAAUUCUACAACUGGAAGUCAGAAGCCAUAUAGGUCUGAAGAGAUGAUUAAGCUAUUCAGUCAUCUGAAAUCUGAACUCUUUCUUAAAGACAAUACAUUAGGACGGAUAGCCUGCUUAAUGGAAGAACUUAAGGUAGCAGCUCAGAGAAAUUUCAUUCUCAGAAAGCUUUUCUGGAAAACUAGUGACCUGUACUAUUUCUUAGUGAGCAAAGUUCAUGAGUAUUUGCCCAAACCUCAGGAUCCCAGUGAAUUUCAAAAUAAAAGCCAAAGGAUCGGUCAGCUGGAGGCUUGCAUUCAGAUUAUACAGACUCUGGGACUGAUGUUCAGAGAAACGGAAACAGAGUUAUCACGCCUGAACACUUUAGUUACUAAACGGGGAACACUAAUUACUCUUUUGAUCAUUUUAAUUAGUGAACCUGAAAUGCCCAAAUCUUGUCCUGUGUUUGGUAUCCAGCUUAUGCCUGAUUCAUCUUUAGUAGAGAUGCCCUUUGAUGCUGAGGUGAGACAAAACAUUCUGGAGUAUAUAAGUGGAAACCUAGGAUUGGGAUCUAGAAAGUUUGCUAUCAGUUGGAUAAUGUCCCUUCUGCAAAGCUUUCCGCCCACUAUCUCAUUUGUGGCCAGCAUUGUGAAGCAAGUGAUGAAGGAGCUUCUCUCAUCCUUGCAACUUCUGAGCCCAUGCCAAGCUGUACUUUUGUACCAACAGUUCUAUAUCCUCAAAUGCUGCUUGCAGCACAGUAGCAUUCUGGCUGAAUACAUUAGAAACAACCACAAAGAAGAAUUCAGGUACUUUGUUCACAUGCCAACUUUGAAAAAAAGACUCCCAGUGUGUUACCCCAUUACGCAGAUCGCUACUCAGCUCAUUCAUGAAGUUCUAGACCUGGUUGAACAAGAACAGUGUGUGACAUGUUGA